GUCUUUGCCUGAAGCCCUGAACAAAGUUCUUCGUCAGCACUCAGAAAUGAUUAAAAAAACUAAAACUUCAUCGUCAUCCAUGACGCUCGCCAUUUCUCACAUCAUCAGUUUCUUCCAUUUUCCCCUCAAUUUCUGCAAUUUUUUUUCUGAUUUUUUCUGUUUUUCUUUCAGUAUUUAUACACAAUCAAUCAUGUGAACUCCACAGGCACAAGCAUUUUCCAUCACUAGCAGGUUUACUGAGCUCACUUGCAGAGGAAUAUAAGCAAGUUAUGUGCUUCUUUUGAGGAGUAUUGUUGUGUAGAAUUUGAAAUGGGUUUUCAUCCUUUUGUUUGGUAUUGUUGGCCAGAGGAAUAUGGUGGUAUUUGGGCACAGGAGACAGAUAGCACUUUUGGUGCAUAUGCACCAUGUGGGAUUGAUACCCUUGCAAUCACUGUCACUCAUUUAGUUCUUCUGGGAUUAUGUUUAUAUCGUAUUUGGCUAACGCUGAAGAGCAUUAAAGUGCAGAGGUAUUGCCUAGGAUCAAAGAUCCGCAACUAUGUGUUAGGUCUAUUGGCUGGUUAUUGUACUGUUGAGCCAUUGCUCAAAUUGUUCAUGGGAAUUUCAAUGUAUAAUUUGGGUGAACAGACUGUUCUCGCCCCUUUUGAGGUGGUUUCUUUCAUCAUUGAAGCCAUGGCCUGGUGUGCCAUGUUAGUUAUGCUUGCUAUUGAGACUAAAGUAUACAUUAAAGAAUUUCGUUGGUAUGUCCGAUUUGGAGUUAUUUAUGUUUUGGUUGGUGAUGCUGUCAUGUUAAGCCUCAUUCUUCAAGUGGUAGAUUUCUUUUCGAGAUCUAUCUUCUACCUGUAUAUUGGAAAACUAUGUGUCCAGGCUUCUUUUGGUGCAUUUCUUCUUUUCUAUGUUCCUCAUUUGAACCCUUAUCCUGAUUAUGUCCCAUUAUGGACGGAGUCCUCUGAUAAUGGCAAAUAUGAAAUAUUACGCGAUGAAGACUAUAUUUGUCCAGAAAGGCAUGUCAACAUCUUUUCGAGAAUAUUCUUUGGUUGGAUGACUACUCUCAUGAAACAAGGGUAUAAAAAGCCUCUCCGAGAGAAUGAUGUUUGGAAGCUAGAUGUAUGGGAUCAAACUGAAACAUUGUUCGCUAGGUUCCAUCAUUGCUGGUGUGAAGAAUUAAAGAAACCCAAACCUCGGCUUUUGAGAGCUUUACACUGUAGUCUUGGAGGAAGGUUUUGGCUUGGAGGCCUUUUCAAAAUUGGUAGUGACCUGGCCCAAUUGAUGGGUCCAGUUUUAUUGAACCAUCUUUUAAAGUCAAUGGAAAAAGGUGAUCCAACAUGGGUUGGUUAUGCUUACGCCUUCACAAUGUUUAUUAAUGUGUCAUUUGGAGUGCUGUGUGAAGGUCAAUAUUUUCAGAAUGUCUGGCGUGUUGGCUUCAGGAUAAGAUCUAUACUGGUGGCUGCUAUAUUCCGCAAAACAUUGAGACUAACCCAUGAAAGCCGCAAGAACUUCUCAACGGGGAAAACAAUGAAUCUGAUGACCACAGAUGCUAAUGCUCUUCAGCAAGUAUGUCAACAACUUCACAACAUAUGGUCAUCUCCAUUUCGUAUUACCAUGGCUAUGAUUCUUCUAUAUCAGCAGUUAGGUGCUGCUUCACUAUUUGGCUGUCUAAUUUUGGUUAUGAUGUUCCCGUUACAGACAUUUAUUAUAAGCAAAACGCGAAAACUGACAAAAGAAGGACUUCAACGAACUGACAAGAGAGUCAACUUGAUGAGUGAAAUUUUGGCCUCAAUGGACACUGUCAAAUGUUAUGCAUGGGAGAAAAGUUUCCAGUCAAAAGUUAGAUGCUUGCGAGACGAUGAAUUAUCAUGGUUCCAGAAAGCACAAAUUCUUGCAGCUUGCAACAACUUUAUAUUAAACAGCAUCCCAGUUUUUGUUACUGUGGUAUCAUUUGGAAUGUUCACUGUGCUUGGUGGAGAUUUAACACCUUCAAAGGCUUUCACAUCGCUUUCUCUAUUUCAAGUUCUUCGAUUUCCUCUAAACAUGCUCCCCAAUUUAAUAACACAGAUUGUUAAUUCACAAGUAUCGUUGCAACGUUUGGAGGAACUACUUUUAUCUGAAGAAAGAGUUCUUUUGCGUAAUCCCCCUCCUGAACCUGAUUUUCCUGCCAUCUCAAUCAAGAAUGGAUACUUCUCUUGGGAUUCUAAGAAGGUGAACCCCACAUUAUCAGAUAUCAAUUUGGACAUACCCGUUGGGAGUCUUGUGGCAAUUGUUGGUGGUACUGGUGAAGGAAAAUCAUCGCUUAUAUCUGCAAUACUUGGAGAGAUUCCUUCAGUAGAAGAUGCAAAUGUGGUCAUUAGGGGGAGUGUGGCCUAUGUUCCACAGAUCUCCUGGAUUUUCAAUGCUACUGUACGUGAUAACAUAUUAUUUGGAUCAGAUUUUGAUACUUCAAGAUACUGGAAGACAAUAGAUGUAACAGCACUGCAACAUGAUCUUGAUCUGCUGCCAGGCCGUGAUCUAACUGAGAUUGGUGAAAGAGGGGUCAACAUUAGUGGGGGUCAAAAACAAAGAGUUUCGAUGGCUAGGGCUGUGUAUUCGAAUGCAGAUGUUUACAUAUUUGAUGAUCCCUUAAGUGCUCUUGAUGCUCAUGUUGGUCAGCAGGUUUUCAUUAAAUGCAUUCAAGAAGGGUUGCAAGGAAAAACCAGGGUGCUUGUCACAAACCAGCUACAUUUUCUUCCUAGGGUAGAUAAAAUAAUUUUGGUAUCUGAAGGAAUGAUCAAAGAAGAGGGAACUUUUGAGGAGUUAUCUCGAACUGGCACACUUUUUAAAAAGCUUAUGGCUAAUGCGGGUAAAAUGGAAGAACAUGUGAAUAGUGGGGAAGAUUAUCUCAGUCUUGAACAUAAGCCUGUUACAUCCAUUGCUAAUGGAAUGGAGAAUGGUUUUCCACAAAGCAUGGCAUCUACGAAUAGAAGGAAAGAAGCUAAAUCUGUUCUAAUUAAGCAGGAGGAAAGAGAGACUGGUGUUGUCAGCUUUAAAGUUUUGACGAGGUAUAAAGGUGCAUUAGGAGGUUCAUGGCCUGUCAUGAUACUCCUUAUCUGCUACAUAAUGACAGAAGUUCUUCGGAUUCUUAGUAGCACAUGGUUAAGUGUUUGGACAAAGCAAAGCUCAUCGAGCAGUAAAGGGCCUGGUUUCUAUAUCCUGAUUUAUGCUAUUCUUUCCUUUGGGCAGGUACUCGUGACACUAGCAAAUUCGUUUUGGUUGAUAAAAUCAAGUCUUCAUGCGGCUAGAAGAUUACACGACUCCAUGUUGGAGUCCAUCUUAAGGGCUCCCAUGGUGUUUUUUCAUACAAAUCCCAUUGGACGAGUAAUCAAUAGAUUUGCACGAGACACGGGUGAUAUCGACCGGGAUGUUGCCAGUUUCAUUAGUUCGUUCAUGGACAAAUUUUGUCAGCUCCUAUCGACAUUUGUGCUAAUUGCAAUUGUCAGCACCAUUUCGCUUUGGGCUAUCAUGCCGCUUCUGAUUCUUUUUCAUGCAGCAUAUUUAUAUUAUCAGACCACAAGCAGAGAAGUAAAACGCUUGGAUGCCAUCACUAGAUCUCCUGUUUAUGCUCAAUUUGGAGAAGCAUUGAAUGGUUUGUCAACUAUUCGUGCCUAUAAAGCGUAUGAUCGAAUGGCCAGAAUUAGUGGGAUAUCUAUGGAUAAUAAUAUUAGAUUCACUCUUGCCAAUACAAGUUCAAACCGCUGGCUUAACACAAGGCUGGAAAGCCUGGGAGGUGUUAUGAUAUGGUUAAUAGCAACCUUUGCUGUAAUGCAGAAUGGAAGUACAGACAACCAGUUAGCAUUUGCAUCAACAAUGGGUUUGCUUCUCACUUACACACUUAAUAUCACAAAUCUCCUGAGUAAUGUUCUAAGACAAGCAAGCAGGGCUGAAAAUAGUCUUAAUGCUGUUGAACGUGCUGGCACAUACAUAGAUUUGCGACCAGAAGCUCCAGCCAUUAUUGAAACUAAUCGUCCACCACUUGGGUGGCCUUCUCAAGGAAGCAUCACAUUUGAAGAUGUUCAUCUCCGUUAUCGGCCAAGUCUUCCACCUGUGCUACAUGGGCUCACUUUCCAUAUCAAGCCAAACAAAAAAGUUGGAAUUGUUGGAAGAACUGGUGCUGGAAAAUCUAGCAUGCUUAAUGCUUUAUUCCGGAUUGUAGAAAUGGAAAGAGGGAAAAUUGUGAUUGAUGGUUGUGAUAUAUCAAAGAUUGGGUUGACAGACUUGCGUUCAGUUCUGAGUAUUAUACCACAAACACCAGUCCUUUUCUCAGGGACUGUUAGAUUUAAUCUGGAUCCUUUCUGUGAGCACAAUGAUGUCGAUCUCUGGGAGGCAUUGGAGAGAGCUCAUCUGAAGGAUGUCAUUACAAAGAAUGCGUUUGGUCUGGAUACUGAGGUCUUAGAGGGAGGGGAGAAUUUUAGUGUUGGGCAAAGGCAAUUGCUUAGUCUUGCUCGGGCAUUGUUGCGCAGAUCAAAGAUUCUUGUUCUUGACGAAGCAACGGCUGCUGUUGAUGUUGGAACAGACUCUCUUAUACAAAGUACCAUUAGAGAAGAGUUUAAAUCUUGCACAAUGCUCAUCAUCGCUCACCGCUUAAAUACCAUCAUCGAUAGUGACUGGAUUCUGGUGUUAGAAUCGGGAAAGGUAUUAGAGUAUGAUACUCCAAAAAAUCUAUUGUCAAAUGAAGGCAGUGGUUUCUCAAAGAUGGUCCAGAGUACUGGAGAUGCAAAUGCAGAAUAUUUGCGAAGUUUAGCCAUCGGAAGUAGUAAAGACAUCAUAAACUCUGUAGCCUCUUCGAGAUGGGCUGCUGCAGCUAAAUUCGCACUUAUUUCGAACCUGACUUCUUCACAUAAUAGCCUUCAGCCCUUUUUAGUAAAUGAUGAAAAUAACAUCUUCAAGAGGACAAAGGAUGCUGUAGUAACAUUAAAAGAGGUUCUUGAGGGCAAUCAUAAUGAAGUUAUUAAUACAACUUUGGAAGAGCACCAACUGCCGACAGAUGGAUGGUGGUCGUCUGUGUAUAAAGUAAUUGAAGGACUUGCUAUGAUAAGCAGAUUGUCUCAAAAUGGGGUAAUAAUAGAUGAGUCUUACAAUGUCUUGGAGGAUAGACCACAAAAUUGGGAACAUGUUGACAAGGAGAUAGCUUGAUGUUCUUCUCACUUUUGUUUUUUAAGAUUCCUCGAUGUGGAGCAAGAAGCCCAUCUCUCAUCGCCCAACAUUCAGCAAAAUGUCCAUUGAACCUAAAAGUUGGCAACUGGUCGAUGUACAACUCAUUGAAAGGUAAACCUUUUGUAUUAAAGAACUUUCGUAAAGGAUAUGAAUAAUUGAUUGAUUGUAAAAGGAUUAAUAAAGUUGGUCAAUUAUCAAUAAUGUAUUGUG